AUGUUUAGCUUUUAUUUACAAGAACUUAAUUAUUAUUCAUAUGAAAAGCUUUAUAAAUUUGCUUUACAAGAAUCUAAUAAUUUUUUAAAAGAACUUGGUAACUCUUUACAAGAAUUUGAAAAUUUUUUACAAGAACACAAUAACUUUUUACAAGGAUUUAAUUUAUUACAAAACUCUGAUAACUCUUUACAAAAAAUUGACUUAUCACAAGAAUUUGACAAUUUACAAAAAACUAAUGAUUAUCUACAAGAACUUGAUGAUUAUCCCAAAAAUUCUAUCAUAUU